AUGAAUAAUACUAUCAAUAAUACCACUCCUAAUCAACCCCCACAAGCACCAGCAUCAGCCACUGGUGCUAAGGAAUCUGAGGAGGAAUCCGCUUCUCCUGGAUCUCAUUCGUCUGCCAAGAAUUCUUCGGAAAAAGCCGACGCUGCCACAGGGGAAGAGGACGUGGUGAUGAUGGAGAAGGACUCUGCGGCGGCCGGUGUGAAUUCGGUGGACGACCCCAUGGAGGAGGAUUCUGUGAACCCAGCUACCGUUUUCUGCAUCAAGCUUAAGCAGCCCAAGUCUAAUUUGCUGCAUAAAAUGAGCGUGCCGGAGCUCUGCCGCACUUUUAGUGCUGUUGCUUGGUGUGGGAAGUUGAAUGCCAUAGCUUGUGCAUCAGAAACUUGUGCAAGAAUCCCAAGUUCAACUACCAACCCUCCAUUUUGGAUCCCCAUACAUAUCGUAAUUCCAGAGCGACCAACCGAGUGUACAGUUUUCAGUGUUAUAGCAGAUUCCCCUCGCGACUCUGUUCAGUUCAUUGAGUGGUCGCCUACUUCAUGUCCCCGUGCACUGCUUAUAGCUAAUUUCCAUGGCCGGAUAACCAUUUGGACUCAGCCUUCCCAGGGACCAGCAAAUCUUGUAAAAGAGGCUAGUUGCUGGCAGCUGGAACAUGAGUGGCGACAGGAUAUCGCAGUUGUUACGAAGUGGUUGUCAGGAGUUUCUCCAUAUAGGUGGCUCUCAGCUAGAUCCAGUGGUUCCACAAAGUCUACGUUUGAGGAGAAAUUCCUUUCACAGCAACCAAAUGUGCCAGCUGGUUGGCCAAAUUUUCUUUGUGUUUGCUCUGUUUUCUCUUCUGGCUCUAUUCAGCUCCACUGGUCCCAAUGGCCACCUAAUCAGACUGGUGCACGGUCCAAGUGGUUUUGCACAAGUAAAGGUCUUUUGGGAGCUGGGCCUAGUGGAAUAAUGGCUGCUGAUGCUAUUGUUACAGAUUCCGGAGCCAUGCAUGUGGCUGGUGUUCCCAUUGUUAACCCAUCAACUGUUGUCGUCUGGGAAGUCACACCAGGCCCAGGCAAUGGUUUCCAAGCGACCCCAAAGUCAAGUGUGAAUAAUGAAGUUCCACCAUCACUUAACCCUCCUUCCUGGGAUGGUUUUGCCCCGUUAGCUGCAUACUUAUUUAGUUGGCAGGAGUUUUUGUUAUUAGAAGCUAAACAAGGGAAAAAACAGACAGAGCAAGAUUACAGUGAUAUGGUUGCACUUCAUUGUUCUCCAGUUUCAAACUUUUCUGCAUAUGUCAGUCCUGAGGCUGCUGCUCAAUCAGCAGCAACCACAACUUGGGGUUCUGGUGUUACUGCAGUUGCCUUUGAUCCAACACGUGGUGGUUCGGUGAUAUCUGUUGUGAUAGUUGAAGGGCAGUACAUGUCCCCUUAUGAUCCUGACGAGGGUCCUUCAGUCACAGGCUGGAGAGUUCAACGUUGGGAAUCAACUGUUGAGAAUGUUGUGAUCCAUCAGAUAUUUGGAAACCCUAGUUCUAACUUUGGUGGGCUAGCACCUAAGCAAACAGUGUGGGUGAGUAAGGUGAUUAAAUGCAUUCCAGCAUCUAGCGAGUUUAAGUGUCCUGGAGCAGCACAAGUUCCAGCAGUAUGUGAUGGAAAAAGUACUCUUGAAUCUGGUGUUGAGAAUGCAAAAAAAAGGGUCAGUUUUGAUCCCUUCGAUCUGCCUAGUGAUAUUAGAACUCUUGCUCGGAUUGUAUAUUCUGCUCAUGGUGGUGAGAUUGCUGUUUCUUUUCUACGAGGUGGGGUUCAUGUUUUCUCUGGUGCAAACUUCACAGCUGUUGAUAGCUACCAGAUUAAUGUUGGCUCUGCCAUUGCUGCUCCUGCUUUCUCUUCUACUAGUUGCUGUUCAGCUUCUGUUUGGCAUGAUAUUAGCAAGGACUGUACUAUAUUAAAAAUUAUUCGGGUUCUUCCUCCUCCUGUUCCGAGUAGUCAAGCAAAAGCUAAUUCUGCCACAUGGGAGCGGGCUAUUGCUGAGAGAUUUUGGUGGAGUCUUUUGGUGGGAGUUGAUUGGUGGGAUGCUGUUGGCUGUACACAGAGUGCUGCAGAGGAUGGCAUUGUUUCCUUGAACAGUGUCAUUGCUGUGUUGGAUGCUGAUUUCCACUCUCUUCCUUCCACUCAGCAUAGGCAACAAUACGGACCUAAUUUGGACAGAAUAAAAUGUAGGCUACUAGAAGGUACGACUGCUCAAGAGGUUAGGGCUAUGGUCCUUGAUAUGCAAGCGAGGUUGUUGCUGGACAUGCUUGGUAAAGGAAUUGAAUCAGCUUUGAUAAAUCCUUCAGCCUUGGUGCAAGAGCCUUGGCAAGCAUCCGGUGAGACAUUAUCUGGUAUUGACCCUGAAGCAAUGGCUGUUGAACCAGCUCUUGUUCUUAGCAUCCAGGUUAACUUUUCAGAAUGCCUUGCCAAUUUUCCUGGUUUACGUUGA